CCUGUUACCUGGACAGCUAGUGUGGUGAUGUCAGUGGCUUUGUCGGGGGCAAAGGUUGUCAGUGUUGGGCAGCCACACAGGGCAGCGUUAAGUCUUCAGCUGCCACACAGGGCAACAUCAGCCUUCAGCCACCAGACCAAGAAGGUCUAAGAGAUUUUCCCGUGGAGGAGGAACUUGGAAAAACUACCUUGGAGAGGCAGAGUUGGGCAGUCAAUCCAACAACUUCCAUAGUUUAGGCAGGGCCUUGGCAGCGGGGGAGCCAUGGGGCAAUUCUUUGCUGCACUUGAAGCAAGCUCCAGGUGGAGUCUGUUGCUGCCCAUCUCUUCUCCAGUUUCCAGAAGCUGGUAUUUUUGUCUGUCAGGGUCAGUGAUCAGGAGUUAAACUUCCGGGGAAGGCAGACAGAUUGAUAACAAACUGGUAACAAAGGUGACCAGUUUCUUCCUCGGUCUCCUAACUUGAGACAAAGGCCUCAAGAAUCCCCUCCGGGGAACUGGCUCAACAAGCUCAAGGCCUGAUGAGGACGUGUCACACAUAUUUUUGGACCAAUCAGCCAUCCUAUCUGUCUCCAAACUGACCAGCCCUAAAGUGGGUAGGAAGGCUUUUCAGAGCCUUUAAAACCCCAGGCCUCCAGUAGAGACCGGGUUUUUCGGCUGCCGGAGGACCCGUCUCUGCCUCGCCGAGGAAAACUGAACCCAAUCAAGACUCCCAGGACGUAUUAUUUCUAGACCGUGUCACUUGGGGGGGCUUGCCUCCGGGUUUCUUCUGAAGACAGUCUCAUUUUGGAACCUCGUCCCUGGAACUCUCUUGAGGACUGUCGACUCACCCAGAAAUGGCUUACAUGAUGAAGAAAGAACAUGCCCUUUGGGCAUCUGUGUGUCUGUUGGUUAGUGUUGUCCCCGAGCUGCUUACUGCUCUGCCUGAGGAAGCUGAUGGACAUGCAGAAACCACAGUUUCCGAGCGGCCACCGAUGAAACCGAAGCACACAUUUUGUGCCAUGAAGAUGGAUGAUGGGUGUAAGGCAACAUGCAUAAAAGGUUAUAAAAAGAAGACUGUAAAGACACCAUCCGGAGCAGAAAAGCCAGAUUUCUGCUUCUUAGAAGAGGACCCUGGAAUCUGCCGCAGCCACAUUACUAGGUAUUUUUAUAACAACCAGUCAAAGCAGUGUGAACAAUUCAAGUAUGGCGGGUGCCUAGGCAACCUCAACAACUUCGAGACUUUGGAUGCGUGUAAGAGCACCUGUGAGGAUCCAGUGAAUGAGUUACAGACUAGAGACUACACACCUGAUCUCAAUACUGUAAAUACCACUUUGACCCCCCAGUCUACCAAAGUGCCCAGCAACUGGGAAUACCACGGCCCUUCCUGGUGUCUUAGUCCAGCAGACAGUGGACUGUGUCAAGCCAAUGAGAAGAGGUUCUACUUCAAUUCAGCCAUUGGGAAAUGCCGCCAAUUUAAGUACACUGGAUGUGGGGGAAAUAGUAAUAAUUUUACUACCAAAAGAGAGUGUGUUAGAGCAUGUAAAAGAGGUUUCAUCAAAAGAAUAUCAAAAGAAGGAGUAAUUAAAAUCCAAAGAAGAAAGGAACCUUCAGUUGAAGUAGUAUAUGAGGCCAUUAAUUAGUGUUAAGAUAUAGCCACAUUAUUGUUACAUUAAUUUCAAUAAAUAUUUCUAUAACCUAUUUUUACUAUGACGUCUAUUCUUGUACUACAAUAAUGUUAAUGAAUAUGUUAAUAGUUAAUUUUCCAGGCCAUUCUGUCUGCUAAGGAUGUGUUUUCAUUAGUGUUUCUUUUCCAAUCUAGCCAAUGUACUUUUUUUAAAGCUAUAAUUUGUUAACUGGCUACUGUGAAUUUUGUCUUGAUCCCUUUCAAACUGUUUUCCAUUUAAUUACAAGUUCUCCUACUCCUAACCACUUGAACCAGUUUUCUCGUUUCCGUUGGUGACCAUCUACUGGAAGACAUUUCAUUUGUUAUGAUCAUGAACAUUAUGUACCCUUGAGAGUCUAAACCUUCUCAAAUGAUUUCACUUUUAACAAUGUAAGAAAUAAAAUAUUCUACCCUGAACAAUAA